GAAGGUCGGUUCAGGGUGUGCGAGACCUACCCGCCGCCGCACGCUCCCAGGGAUGAGGUCGUACAGUGCGUUUUUCGUUUCGUUUUUUACAUGAAACCAUAAAGAUCCCACGCGAGAUUCUGAGCGCGCCACCGCGAGAUCCCGUCGCUCGCAGGAGAUCAUCCACACACAGGCUUUUCGGACGGUCAACGGGGCUCUCGGCCGAGCAGGAGGAGGGAUGGUGGACAAUUCGGGCAGCAGCAGAGCCCACAUGCCCGGCUUGUCGCAGGAGAACAGCUCAAGUGGCGGGUUCCCAAACGCAGGUGUGACUGGCCUGAAGCUGGAGGCAGUGAUGGAGCAGCUGCAGCGGCAGCAACAGGCACGCCUGGAGAUGGAACGCAAGGAGAGACACCUGCGUGAAGCUCAAAUUAUGUAUGCUCAGCAGGUUGCUGCCCAGCAGGCCAUCUUGGCUGCAGCCCGAGCUUCAGGGACCCCACUGGGGGCCACCUUUCUGGGCAAGGACCCAGAACGUGGGACACCUGGAGGUGGGCAGCCAGUCCACGGACCUAACCAGAGCAACAUGAACCCAGGGCGCAAUAACAAGGAGGAUCUUGGCCGGGACUCUCAGGGUGAGGAGGACGAGGAAAGGCAGAUGGAGGCGGAUGAAGGGAGUGAAGAGGAAGAUGAUGAUGAGGAGGAGGAACGCAGUGGGGAAGGUGCAGGGGGGCUGGAGUACCUUCGCAAGCAGAGUCUGGCUCUCCAGCAGAGUACCCCACACCCCCCCACUCGCCCCUACCCGCACUAUGCCCCCUCUGCACUGGCCCUGGGUCCCCGGAGUGUCUCUUCACUCCCUGUUAAAGUGAAGCAAGAGCCCGAGGAGGAGAGCCUGUCUCCUGGAGGCCCUCCUUCCUCCACCUCCCCCAACGGACAGGGUGACUGGAGCUCUGAUGAACAGUUCAAGCAGAAUGGCAGUACUUCCUGGUCCGAUGAAGUAGAUGGCGGGAGAGGAAGAGGAGAGGCAUCCCGAGAUUUUGCUAAGCUCUACGAGUUGGACAGUGACCCCAAGCGCAAGGAGUUUCUGGAUGACUUGUUUGCCUACAUGCAGAAGAGAGGUACCCCGGUGAACCGGAUCCCCAUUAUGGCCAAGCAGGUGCUGGACCUCUACAUGCUCUACAAGUUGGUGACGGAGAAGGGCGGCCUAGUGGAGGUCAUCAACAAGAAGAUGUGGAGGGAGAUUACCAAGGGCCUCAACCUGCCCACCUCCAUCACCAGCGCCGCCUUCACGCUCCGCACACAGUACAUGAAGUACUUGUACCCGUACGAGUGUGAGAAGAAGGGCCUCAGCUCUCCAGGGGAGCUACAGGCCGCCAUCGACAGUAACCGGCGCGAAGGCCGCCGCCCUGGCUACAGUGCCAGUCUGUACCGCUUCCCGUCCUCCCCCAGUGCUUCACCCCACAUCCUCUCCUCACCUAAGAUGCACCUGGCUUCGCUGGGGGGCGGGACUUCCUCAGGACACAACGGCCUGCAGGCUUCACCUGGGUCAUCACUCAAGAAGGGGGCAGAUGAGGGCUCCUCCUCUUCAGCGGGGGUCAGCCGAUCGCCCCUGGCCAUGGCAUUGGGCACCCAACCUGCAGGGGGGCUGGUGCGGGCCGCCACUCUGGGGCAGCUGCGGGAGAGGCUGGAGACAUCUGAGGGACCGGAGCGCAAGGCAGCACGGCUGGCGGAGGAGCAGCAGAGACUUAUGCAGCAGGCCCUGCAGCACAACUUGCUGGCCAUGGCUGCACACACACCUGUGAGGGUCCGGCCUACAGCUACCCGUGAGGAUAAGCAGGACUUGGCAGUGAGCAUCAACACCAAUGGAGCAGCCAGUAUCAGUGUGUCUGUGGAGGUGAACGGCACAGUUUACUCAGGAAUGUUGUUUGCCCAGAAGCCCACAGUGUCUGCCGCCGCCUCUCCUGCUCCCUCAGCUGGAGGAUUUGCCUUCCCUCCCUCUGCCCACAGCCCCAGCCCCUCCUCAUCCUCUAAGGGUGCCAGCUCCAUCGAACCCUCUGCCAGCAGCUCACCCUAAUAGACGCGGCACCCCCCCCCUCCCCCACUGGCCUUUCCCCCCAUCUGCAGGGGGUUUCCAUACCUUCUUCCAUCAGUGUUCUGAUGGGCAAAAAUGAACUGUUGCACAACGAAUACCUCAUUGCUCCUGUCGACCUUGACUGUGUACCUACAUGCAUACACACACUGGAUACAAACACCAAACACGUGUACACACUCCCACACUUGGAGAAACACACGCAUGCACAGAAAUGCAGCACAAUCAGACAGUGCAGUCAGAACUUGCCGGCAGGUGUUCACAACUGAACUUGAAGAUUUUAAUUUUAAAUUUUAAGCUUUGUUUAUUGUCACGUUGUCUUUAUAUUUUAGUUU